AUGGCUGUAAGGUGGACCGUGCGCGAGUUGACGAAAGCGGAACCGACCUACGAUUUCCUGGCUGGCGGUGGCGUCGAGGCAUCACCAGCACGACAACCAUUACGCGGAACGCUCAAGCAAUCGACCGUCUCUCGCGCCGACAUCAACAAUGAGAAUAUUCGCGCUCAAUUGAACACUUUACAAUACGAACUCGACUCCCUCAAGCAAGAACGCGAACUCACGAAUCUCCACCACCAACAAGAAGUCCGUGACGCGCUCAGUCGCAGCGAGAACGACUUCAAGCGUGCUCAAGCAGCCGAGGCGGCGAGUAAUGCCGCGAAAGCGAAAUCCGACGCGUUGGCCAGAGAACUGCAGGAGACGCGAGACCGCGCGACGAAUGAGCGUUUAGGGCUGGAGAAGAAGGUGCGGGGUUUACAGGAUGAUUGUCGUGUGCUGCGGGAGGAGGUGGAGGAGGUGCGAUCCGAGGUGCAAGGGAAGGAGCGAGCGAGUCGGAGGGCGUGUGAGGAGACGGAGCAGAAGUAUGACGUCUUGAAGGCUUCUGUGGAUGGGAUUCAGGAGGAUUUGGGGGCGAAGGUGAAGGCGUUGCAGGGGACGCAGCAGAGGCUCGUGCAGCGGGAGGCGGAGGUGGGGAGAUUGGAGGAGGAGGUGUUGCUGUUGAAGCAGAGGAGUGGGGAUAGUGAGACCUUGGCGGUUGUGCAGAGGGAGGUUGGGGAGCAGAGGGCUUAUAUCUUAAAGUUGGAGGCUAGGGGACGGGGGCAAGAGGGUGAGCUGAAGGGUUUGAGGGAGAUGAGGAAAGGGGUCGAGGUUGUGGAGGAGGAGAAGAGAGGGUUGGAGGCCAAGGUGGCGAUGUUGGAGGGUUUGAGGCGGGAGUUGGCCGAGGUGCAGUUGCAGAGGAGGAUUUUGGAGGAUGAGCGGAAGGGGUGGACGAGCUAUUUGGAGGCGCAGGGCGAGGAGGGGGUGAGGUUUGAGACGGCGGAGGAGAUGGCGAGGGCAUUUUUGCGGGAGCGGGUGGAGAGGUUGGGGUUGGUGGACAGGUUGGGUACGAUACAGCCGGAGCUGGCGGUCAAGGAGGAGAAUAUCCGUAGUUUGGAGGAUGAAAAGGCUGGACUGCAGGCUGAGAUGGAAAAGCUGCGAACGGCGCCACCGGCUGUAGCUGCCACUGGCCCUGCUGAUGGUAAAGUGCGAUUGCGACUCGAGCGACAGCGAAAUCUCAUGAACAAAGAAGUUGAAUAUCUACGAGCACAAAUGAAGACGUUCGAAGCUGAAGAAGCCGAGUUCAACCCGGAGCAGAUCGACGAGGAGCGCAUGAAACGCAUACAUGAGCUAGAAGACAUGGUGGAGAAGUUCAGAAGUGAAGUCCAAGCUCUCCACGUCGAGCUAUCAAAAGCAGAAGCAGAACCACCAGCACAACCACCCACACCACUCAACAAAAUCCCCCUCAAACGAUCACGAGAAGAAGAUUGCGAAACCUCAGACGAACGACUAGGAGAGUUACGCCGUAAGACCCGCACCCUCCAAACCUCGCUCGAAACCCGGCAGACACGAAUCCAACUCCUUGAAGCCGAGUUGAAGGCGACCAACACCCAAAUCGCCUCCCUAAAAGAAACCUCCCGAACCCGCAUCCUCUCCCUCCGCGACAACCCGACCGCCGAAGCCGAAGCGAUCAAACUAACCACCCUCACCACCCUCCGCGCGGAAAACACCGCUCUCCUCUCCCAACUCGAGGGUCGACCGAAUGGAGGCACGAAAGUGGUUCCGAUUAGUACUCUGGACUCCACACGUUUACUAUUGAAAGACUCCCGAACCGCAAUCGCCGCGCACGAGAAGAAGACGUUAAGGUUAAAACAGAUCUGGUCCGCGAAAUCGCUCGAGUUUCGGGAGGCGGUGUGUUCGAUUUUGGGAUGGAAAUUAGAUUUCUUGCCCAAUGGCCGGGUCAAAGCGACUUCUAUCCUUUACCCUAGCACUGUCGAUAGGGAUAGUGAAAGCGGGGAGGCUGUGGAAGAGGAGAAUUCGAUCAUUUUCGAUGGCGAGAAUGGGACUAUGAAGGUGAGUGGCGGGCCGCGGAGUGCGUUUGCGGGGGAGAUUAGGGGGUUGAUUGAGUUUUGGGUCGAGGGGAGGGGCGAGGUGCCGUGUUUUCUUGCGGCGUGUACGUUGGAGUUUUGGGAGAGGGGGAAGGGUGCUGCUGCGGGCUGA